AUGGUGGCCGGCUUCAAAUACAACCGAGGGAAACCGAUCAUGGUCGAUAAAAGACCGGAGUUACAGGGAGUGGGUCUAGAGCCCAAGACUUGCUCCAAAGAAGCCAACCUUGCGUGGUCCCCCAGCGCAUUUAUCCGGGUUGGAUGUGGUGGGCGUAGGCAUGAGGUCGGUGUUAUGCUGGCUUCUCUAGUCACAUGGCUCUGCGCAAUUCCUGAGGACGAGCCGUGA